AUGGAAAAGCCCUGUCGAACGUGCACUGACUUUAAAACAUGGGUAAAGUUACAGCAGCAAAUUUUUGAUUCAGGAAAGAAUGAUGCUCAAAAGCAGCAAGCAAAUAAUACUAGUACAAACAUUACUACUACUCAACGUGAUGAUUGUCCGUUAACUAGAGAUGAAAUAGGUUCAAAAACAUGGGCAUUUUUACAUACAAUGGCAGCUCGCUAUCCUGAUCAUCCAAGUGAAGAACAAAAAAAAGAUUUUCAAGAACAAUUAAAAAAUAUGCCACCACAAACUGACUCACAGAAAAUCUUGAGUCAAUGGCUAUGUGCUGUUCAUAAUAAGGUAAACAAAAAGUUAGGUAAACCAGAAUUUGAUUGCAAAUUAGUUGACCAAAGAUGGAGAGAUGGAUGGUUAGAUGGUUCGUGUGAUUGA